AUGGAUACAAGAGAAAUCCCGAAAAAUACGGAUAUAGCUACUCUGUGUCGAGCUUGUUUGGGUUCAGAUAAUGUAAAGGCAGAAUUAAAGUCCUCUUUGUAUGAUAUAUACAACCAAUUAACUGAAUUAAAGGUUGAAGAAGAAGAUAAAUUCCCUCAGUUUGUGUGUACGCAAUGUUUAAACAAACUCCAGGACAUCUCUAGCUUUAUACAGACUUGUAAAAAUAGUUUACAAUAUUUAGAAAAAUGGUUAACAACCAAAGGAAAAGAAAGUGAUGAUGAUUACUUUCCUGAUGAUGGUAAAUAUGAUGAUAGUGAAGAUGAUGACAAUGAAGAUGAUGAAUUUAAACCAACAAAAUCGAGGAAAUCUGUAAAAAAUGGAAAUUCAAGUAAAUCAAGGGUAGAGAAUUGUCGUUGUGAAACAUGUGGGAAAAAAUUUUCAAGAUAUGGGGCAUUGGGGAGGCAUAUGAAAAUACAUCUAGGGAUCAAGCCAUAUGAGUGUAAAGGAUGUGAUAAGAAGUUUACCCAGAAAUCAACCCUUGAUAGGCAUAUGUUAACACACACAGGCGAAAAACCCUUCCAGUGCAAUUUGUGUGGUAAAUUAUUUGUCAGAAAAAAUCAAAUAAUUCAACACAUCAAAAAAGUUCAUCCGAAAGUAACUACAAAAGAGCAUUCUUCCAUAAUAACUGAGCGGGAUAAAAUGAUAUAUUUUGACGAUAAUCAAACGGCAUCUGAAUCUGCAGCAGUAGUACCGGCAGUACCAGGGACAAAGAUGAAAAUGAAGCUAUAAGUGUCGAAGAUGAGCCGAAGAAGGAAGUGGCAGUGUCUACGGAGCCACAGGAAGAGGUGAAAGCAGAUGUUCCUAAAGUAAAGAAGAAAAGAAUGGAGCUCUGUUUAUGCAAUUUGUGCGGUAAAGAGUUUAAGCGAAGAGAAUAUUUAAGAAAUCAUAUGGCAAUCCAUGAUAAUAUAAAACCGUACACAUGUCAAAUUUGUGGGUCAGGAUUUACACAAAGACAAGCAUUAAGCAGACACAAACUAGUUCAUACAAAGGAAAGACCAUACCAAUGUAAUCUUUGCGGCAAAACAUUUACGCGAAAAGAAAAACUAACGGAUCACAUUCGAUGUCAUGAAGAAGGUGUAGAUCCGCAUCUAUGUUUCCAUUGCGGUCGAAGAUUCAAAGACAGAGAAUAUCUAAGAAAACAUUUACGUUACUACCUGAUGGGGGACAAAGGACGUUGGAAGAAAGAGGCCAAAAAAUGUCUUUGUCCAGAAUGCGGUAAAGAGGUUCAUUCAGAAGCAUACUUGAAGGUUCAUCUUUUGAGCCAUACUGGAGAGAAACCGUUUAGCUGCAAUCUAUGUGAUAAAAAGUUUACUGUUAAUGCCACGUUGCAGCAUCAUCUGAACAUACACAAGGGUGUGAAGCCAUUCGAAUGCACACAAUGUACUAAAGCUUUCAGAACGAACCAUUCGCUAAAGAUACACGAGAUGAUGCAUGCCGGAGAGCGGCCAUAUAAAUGCAGCACUUGUGACAAAGGAUUUGUGAGAAGAAGCCAUUUGAAGAGGCAUAUAAGACUCCAUUGA